AUGUCCCCAGUUAUCAGAUCGACGUUGACCGCGGCAGCAUUUUUGGAAGACUUGGUAGACGCAAAGCAAGAGCAGAACAAGACUAUUGCGAAUCCACCAACCACCUUGUCAGGCGGCCACAACGGCCACAUCCAGUUUACCCGUUUGACCGUCAUCGGCUCCGUCCUCCUUGAUCCGAUCAUUGUCGCCAUCUUCGUCUUCGCUGCUCAUGUCAGCAUCACCCUCGUUGGAAUCAGUCGAGUCGGCACCAGCAAACUGGGAAUCAUCGCUAUUCUCGUCGCUAUCCCAGUCUUAACUUCUUUCAUUUCAUCAGUCAAAUCAGCAUCAGUAACCUGGGAUCCAUCGCUAUCCUCGACGCUAUCCUAG